UCUUGUCAUUUUGUCAACUGUUCUUGUUCUGUCCUCUGAGUCCUUCAUGUCACAUCUGUUCUUGUUAUAACAAAUGAUAUAUACAAUGUGACCUUAAAGUCACGCCUCCAGGAGGGUCUCCUCCCCGCAGCUCCUCCUUCUCUGUCUGAGACCGGCUCCACUCAGACUGGAUGCUCAGUCAGUCCCGGACUCCAGCCGAUGCUGUGGACAGAGGUCUCGCCAGGACGCAUCAUUACGCGCGGGAACAACACAGUUCAAGUUUCAGGGUCCCGCAUUAGGAGACUUUAUUCUGAUGUGCUUCGCAGCAUUGAGGAGAGCUCUGUCUGUGGUGCAUGUGGAUUUGAACCCAUCCAUGUAAAUUCAGCAGACAGUGAUGCGCAGUGCGGAGCCCGGGAACAUGAUCUCCGCGUAAACCUCUCCACCUCUGUGUAGUUUCUCUCUCUACUUUAACAAUGCAGAUCCUCCUCUACACAGCUCUGCUCCUCUACAUCAGGCAGUCUGCCCGCGCUGAGCCCAGACCCUCAUGUCCCACACGGUGCGAUGUGAGCACCUGUCCGAGCCCCAGCUGCCCCAGCGGCUACGUGCCGGACCGCUGCAACUGCUGCCUGGUGUGCGCCCUGGGGGAGGCAGAGCCGUGCGGUCGCAAGGACGACCUGCCGUGUGGGGACGGGCUGGAGUGCAAACACCCGGCGGGCAAGCGGCUCUCCAAGGGCUUCUGUAAGUGCAAGGUCAACUACGAGGUGUGCGGCAGCGACGGGAAGACCUACAGCAACGUGUGUCACCUGAAGGCGAGCAGCAGGAAGGCGCUGCAGCAGGGGCAGUCCGGCAUCACCCAGAUCCAGAAGGGACCGUGUGAGACCAGCACAGGUCCUCCUCAUUCCGCCAGUCCUCGCUACAAGUUCAACUUCAUCGCUGACGUGGUGGAGAAAAUCGCUCCCGCUGUGGUCCACAUCGAGCUCUUCCUCAGACAUCCUCUGUUCGGUCGGAACAUCCCUCUGUCUAGUGGAUCUGGGUUUGUGAUGUCAGACAACGGACUGAUUGUUACCAACGCCCAUGUGGUCUCCAGCACCACUCCAGUGUCCGGUCAACAGCACCUCAAGGUCCAGAUGCAUAAUGGUGACGUAUAUGAAGCCAACAUCAGAGACAUAGACAAAAAGUCAGACAUCGCCACCAUCAAAAUCAACCCACAGACAAAGCUGCCCGUGCUGUUUCUGGGCCACAGUGCAGACCUGAGGCCCGGGGAGUUUGUGGUCGCGAUCGGCAGCCCCUUCGCCCUCCAGAACACCGUCACCACCGGCAUCGUCAGCACCGCCCAGAGAGACGGCAAGGAACUGGGCCUCAGGGACUCUGACAUGGACUACAUCCAGACGGACGCUAUCAUCAAUUACGGGAAUUCAGGAGGACCUCUGGUCAAUUUGGAUGGGGAGGUGAUCGGCAUCAACACCCUGAAGGUUGCAGCAGGAAUCUCAUUUGCCAUCCCCUCUGACAGGAUCACUCGCUUCCUUAAUGAUUCCCUGGACAAGCACAACAAAGACGUGAGGUCAAUAAAGAAGCGUUUCAUCGGUAUAAGGAUGUUGACGAUCACACCAGCGUUGACUGAAGAGCUAAAACAGCAGAACCCAGAUUUCCCUGAUGUUACCAGUGGGAUUUAUGUCCAUGAGGUGGUUCCUCACUCACCUGCGCAGAAAGGUGGCAUCAAAGAUGGCGACAUUAUUGUGAAACUGAAUGGCAAACCUCUAAUGACAACAGCUGACCUGCAGGGGGCGCUGCAGGAGGAGACAGCCCUGCUACUGGAAGUCAGGCGGGACAAUGACGACCUGCUCUUUAACAUCGAACCUGAUGUUAUCAUGCAGUAGAUACUCCUGCAGAGUUAGACCAACAUCUGAGGCCCUGUGUUUGUGAAGAAGGAUGUUGGAUGGUUGAACCUCUGCACCAGUGAAGUGAAGUAUUUAUGACAAACGCACACAUCUUCUGACACUUGGCUAACUUGACUGUACCGAAAUCAAAGGAGGACAGUAUCAGUAAGGACGACAUGGUACAAUUCAAUUUUGGCAUCAAGGAUUUACAACCGUACCUCCCUCCUGUUCACAUCAGGUCAACGCUGGAAUCAUUUCAACCCAAACCCAUUUUAUGUAUGUUAACUAUGUGCUGGUUUCACAUUUACACGCAGCCCAGAAAUAAUGAAGCAACAGUCGUUGUUGGGCGUCUUAUGGUGCACAUCACAAAAAUUAUAAGAUAAAAGCAAAGUUGAUGAAUGUUCUGUUAAACUGAUGAAUGAAAAUUUAAUAAACUUAUAUAAAAAAAUAAAGGUGGUGAAAGUAUACAGAUAAUUAAAUCAUUUAAUUUUCUCUUAAGCAUUUUUUAUUUCCAACAAAGUGUUUUCAGACUGACAUAGUCAUUGUACAAUCCACAAUGUUCCACGAUCCCUCCAGUAUCCAUGCAAGGAUAAAUGAGUGUUCCAUGACCAGGACAGAAUCCACUUUGGUCCUCCUUUAAAGUAUUUUUUUGUAACUUGGGGUCACGAUCCCGAGGCCACCCAUCAUCUGCCACCCAUUUGGUAAUUCACCUCAGAGAGAGAUGUCACCAAAGGUCUCCAUCUUGAUUUGAACAAAAGAAACUGCAAUUCAUGGCCAGGUUUGUUAAUACCUCACUUGACCCUAACCCAUAAGGUGAUGGCCCCAUUUUAUACCUUCAGGCUGAGCCAACUGGGCCUUAUUGGUGUCACCAGGUGCUUGCUACCUCCCCUGCCAGCCUUCUUUCAACUGGGAUCCCUGGUCCUCCCUAAUCAAAAAGAUAGCUUGCUUCCCAAAUUGCCACUCCACAGGGAUUUCUGGUGAAGAGAGCCGGAAUAAGCAAAGCUCUUAAUGUACCAGUCAACCUACAUUCAAACCCCAUCUUUGGUCAUGAACUUUGGGUGACGAUUUAAAGAAUAAAGUCAUUGACGGAAGCAUCCAAAAUGAGUUUCCUUGCAGGAUCUGUGGGCUCACCCUUAGGGACUCAAACACCCAGAGGCAGCUGCUUCAUUUUGUUAAUAGCAGUCUGUUGAGGUGGUUCAUGUUCUGAUUAUGAUGUCUCCAGGAUUCCUCCCUGUAGAGGUGCUCUGAACACAUUCAACUGGGAGGAGACACAGGGGCAGAACAAGCGCACCCUGGAGGAUUUUGUAUCUCAUCUUGCCUGAGACCACCUUGGCUUACCCCAGAAGGAGCAAGAGGAUGCUGCUGGGGAGAAUGAUGUAAGAGCUAAUGUGCUGGUUGGAUGAGUGAUGAUAGUCACUGGGUGUCACCAGCAUGUUAAAGAACAAAUGUACCAAUGCAAACUUGAAUGCCUAAUAGGGAACAAUGAGAUCAAGAGUUAAUUGACUCAGAUAGUUAUCGAAUAAAAAUUUAGUAAAAACUCAUCAAUUCAAUCACUUUCAUCAACUCUGUUUUUAUCACCUGCCGUUUAAGUUUUGUCAUAGAGCAGAGAUGAUUCUUAUCAGUCAUUGAAAACCUAUUUGUAGGCUGUAAUUUUCCUCUAAUUUGAAAGGUGCACUUAAAGAUGUGACAACUUAACUGCUCAGUCUUUAUGUAUGGGUAUAUAACAAAAAUUUUUUAAAGCCAGUUGCUUGGGUUGUCAAGGUUGAGUUGACACACUGUUACUCUCCUAUCUACUAUGAGCACCUCAGGCCACAGAAUACCAGAGUCAACAUAUUCUUUAUACAGUGUGUCUUGCAAAGCAGACUACACUACUAGUGCUGUUAUGAUGGACAGUCCUUGACCACAAGUAGUGAUGUGUUUUCAACUUAUUUUUUGUACUAUAAGUCUGACAGUUUGAGUCUCUAAAACCUGCAAUAAAGUCUGAUUAGUUUUAGGUAUGACAAUGGUUUGAUUCAAAGAUAAUGAUGAUGAUGACUUCCUUUCUAUCUUUUGCUGGAAAUCUAAGUGCUGUACCGCAAAUGGAUGGAUGAUGGAUGUUUCCCAAAGAAGUCCAUCUCACCUGAGCCCUAAAGUUGUAUCACCUCUGAAAGAUGUUGGUUCUAAUUGGGUUACUUAUUCUUGGUCUUACUCUUUAAACCCAACUGAAAAAAAUCUGUGACAGUCAAACAUAAAGUAACAAGCUGUGUCCCAUUUGUGCCCAAUCCCACCACUAAAGGAAUUCAUAGAAAUCCCUCUUGACUCAGUACAUGUUUUACCAAUGGUCCAACAUGCUGACCAUAUGUAGCAACCCAUACUAAAAAACUAUCAUGCAAUAUGGAGUUGACAACUGACGUUCACACAAAGCCGUGAAAAAUCAUCCAACAGUGUCCAAAACCCUUUCCCCAACACCUUUGUUGUGUCUGAAUUGCCUUGCUUAGAUUAUGCUGUUGUCUUGGUACUGACAGUACAGGAGAAAUGAUUUAUUCUUACGUCCAGGGAAAUUAAUUACCACAAACCCUUUGGGCUGUCCCAGGUUUUCUAGUGAUUGAGAAUGAAAACCAAAGGCUGUUGGCCAAGAUGAACUCCUGUGUUGACUGAUUCGCUGCUUGGUCACAACUGAGCCUAGUGUCCCAUCAGUCAUCCUCUGAGCUUGGUUGGUUUCAGUUCAUUUAUGUUUACAAAUAAAUGCAGACAGAAAUGCAACAAACUAAAACACAUCAUGGAUAAGGGUUAUUAUUCUUUGCUUAUCACGGUCUCCUUUCCCCUCAUCUCACUGUCUUCUUUCUCUAUUACUUUCUCUGACUGGUUCAUAUUGCUAAGAUCCAUCCUCUUGGCAUUUGACAGCAAUCAAUAGGACUAAUGACAACCUGUGACUGUGACACUAUAUUCAAACUAUUUUGUUUGAAGCACACUGAAGCCCUUUGGAGGGCAACUUCUCAGUUUGGAACUUUUGCAUUACACUUGCGCCCAGCGUCUAAAGUACAUGGCACAAAUGUAACAGGGAGAGUAUAUGUAUGUUGUGCACCCGCCUAUGUGGACUCAUAUCAUUAUCUUGAUAAUACACCCUUAAAAUAACAGUAAACUACAGCAUAAUUGACUUUCAAAUCACUUUCCGUUGCUUCAAGAUAGCAAUGGGUCUGACCACACCUCAUUUUAAGACCAAGUGUAUUUGCUUUUAAAACAAUGUGGGCACUGGACAGGAAAAUGACAACUGCGCAGUCUGAAACUAAUAAAGACAGAAGGCUUUGCAUUGCUUUGAACCGGGUGUACGAUAGAGCCCAUGAGUUGAGGAGGAGGUGAUCGCAGCAAUAGCUCUGGUCUGUGUGAGGUUUGGAGCAUUAUUAUUACAAGUGCAGACCUUGACUUGGCCACAUUCCCUGCUCUGCAGUUGGCUGUUGGGAUGUUAGGCUACAUACAGUAAUAUGAAACACUUGAUAUUUUUGUUUGUGUUUUACAUCUACUGUGUCAUGUUGUAGCAACUUAUAUCUUAUUUUGUUGACAUCCACUGACUCCCGAACAAAGUGAACAAGAUACAAUACUUUACUUGAGUUGGAGGCAUUAAAACACAUUAUGACCUCAGUGCACAUGGAGCAGGAUAUAGUGGACUUCCUCAGCAAGUUCUCUGGUGGCCAUAUUGGAAUCAUUCUCUUUUACCAGUUUGUUACUCUUCUGGUUAAUUUUAUCUUUGUAUAGUGUCCUUUUGUUAGUUAGUCAACCCUUAUAGCUUAUCUGUAUUAUAUACAUGAGAGCAGGUUAAGAAAUGUUUUGGCCACUUGGGGACAGCACAACAAGCUGCAGGCAACAUUGACAUAUUAACACGUAAUAAAGUUAUAAUAACCUUAUUUUAAACAUGUUAGCAUAUUUACAUAUACAGCAAACACGAUGCAAUAUUAGCAAUCAUGCUAAUGAGGACAGUGAGAGUGAACAAAAACAGUAAAGCUGCUACAAAACCAAAACAGCUGAUAACGCUCUGUGGAUUUGUCAUUAGGAGUGACUCCUUUCCUUUACACAUAGUCAUGUGAUGCAUUUUACUAUACAAAUAUUUAUUAGUUGACAUUGUGAGUUCACCAUCUAACUUCAAUCCUUUACUCACCAACAGGUGUCUCCAUAGGUGGAAAGCAAGGCCAAUUAACUCUAUUAGUCUCUAUCACGUCUUUUCUUCUACUCUAGUUAGCAUGCUAACCAGCUAGCCACAGCCCACCCUCGUCACUCUCUGAUAGAGACUCACUGCAUAUCCUCCAGUCUGACAACGAUGGCUGAAGUUCUAGUGUCAAUGUCAAUGCCUGUGUUGCAGCAUUGUUACUGGUUGUGGAUGAUUCAUGGAUGCCAUAAGUUGUCCUCAUAUAACCAAAUGUGAACCAUGUGUGUGUUGAUUCAGUUUAAAUGAUGUACUCUGUUGGAAUGAAGAACGCAAAUGUGAGUGUUUUUUUCUUUCAUAGCUUCACCACUGUUGCUGCUUUGGUUUAUAUCUGUUUGUGCUUUUAGUAAUCAUACACUCUUUAAUCACGUCGUCCAAACCAAAUGUUUACAUGUAAGUUGCCAACAAAGCGAUACUCAGCAAUUCAUCAGCCUUUUGCCAUCAAAUAAAGUUUUCACUAACA